AUGGCCGAACACCUACAUAUAGAACAACCAAUAUUUGAUUAUACAUACAGAGACUUGAUAACAUUGGUCAUUGUAAUUGCAUUGAUAUUGUACAACUAUUCGAAAAGAGAGAGAAAGAUAAUACAGUUUGCCAACACAUUCAAAGAGAUACUAAAGUUGACACCAACAAUCACCAUCAUCGAGAUAUGCUACGAUUCACGACGUCGCAUUGUAAAGACAUCAAACCCAAUCAACACAUGGCAGGACCGUAACGUCUUUGCUUCUUGUUCAAAUCAACAACAUGACGAUUCAUCAACGACAUUGGCCGCCUAUAAGUACAGUAUAGAGAGGUUCUGUAAACACUUAUGUAUCAACCCAGACACUCUGGAGCAAUCGAUCAAGAGCUCAGACUCAUCAAGGGACAUCAUUAUAAAGGGCUGCUCUGACAAGAUUUACAAGUUCUCUGGUCACUUUGACGCUGUAACAAUGUCUUUCAGAGGCGCCGUAGUGGACAUUAGCAAGGAGAGGUUGGAGAUGAAGCGUCUCAAGUAUAAGAUCACUCACGAUCACUUGACUGGUCUACAGAAUCGUUAUCAACUCAAUCAUAGAAUCAAGAAGUUCUGCUCGGCCAGCACCUCUGGACUCUGUGCAAUCUACUUCCUGGACAUCAAUCGAUUCAAGUUGAUCAACGACACUCAUGGACAUGAGAAUGGCGACAAGGUUCUCAAGCAUAUGUCCAACAUUCUUCAGAACACGCAAGGACCUGACUCACUGCCAAUCCGUUUAUCUGGUGAUGAGUUCCUCAUUGUCAAACGCAACGUACAGUCAAUGGAGAACGCCCGCGCAUUCAUUGGUGAGAGCUUGGCUGUGGUAUCAUCGUCACCAGUCGAGCUCAGCAAUGGCAAGAAGAUAUCAGUCACCAUCAGCUAUGGUGGCGUUGUCUUUAAGAGUCACCACUCCAACAGUGUGAUGCCGGAGGAGAUCAUCAAACUCGCCGACGAGUACAUGUAUCAUAUGAAGAAGCAUGGUCUACCUCUUGUCAAGUUCCACACUCGACCAAAUGUAUUGUCGGCAUCUGUAUAG